AGUGACUGGUGUCCCUGUGAAGAGUGAAGAUGAUGAGGUCAAAGGUGAGAGAGAGGCGGAGCCUCCAAGCAGCAGCUCAACACAACACAUGACAACAGAAGCUGAUGGAGACCACUGUGGAGGAUCACAAGCAGACAAGAUCUUAGCUCCACUAUCAGAUAGUGAGGACACAACGUCACACUCUCCUCACACUGAUGAUGAACACUCUAAAGAUGAUGCAACAUGUCACACUGACAACACUCACUUCACAUGUUCUCACUGUCACAAAACUUUUAAAUACGAUUGUCAUCUGAAAGUACACAUGAGAACACACACUGGAGAAAAACCUUUUUCCUGCUCAGAAUGUGGUAAAAGUUUUGCACUAAAUCAAAGUUUAAAAGUACACAUGAGAAUACACACUGGAGAAAAACCUUUUUUCUGCUCAGAAUGUGGUAAAAGUUUUGUACUAAAUCAAAAUUUAAAAGAACACAUGAGAAUACACACUGGAGAAAAACCUUUUUUCUGCUCAGAAUGUGGUAAAAGUUUUGUAGUAAAUCAAAAUUUAAAAGUACACAUGAGAAGACACACUGGAGAAAAACCUUUUUCCUGCUCAGAAUGUGGUAAAAGUUUUGUAGUAAAUGAAAAAUUAAAAGUUCACAUGAGAACACACACUGGUGAAAAACCUUUUUCAUGUUCAAUCUGCGGUAAAUAUUUUACUCAAAGGCCCCAUUUAAAAUCACACACUAAAACACACACUAGUGAAAAACCAUACUCCUGCUCAAGCUGCAACGAAAGCUUUCGUCACCUAAACACUCUUAGAGCACACAUGAGAAGACACCCAGGAGAGAAAGUAUUGAGUUGCAGUGUGUGUGGUGAAAGAUUGUCUUCUAAGUACCAGUGUAAGAAACACAAGUGUGCUGGUGAGAACAGCAGCAGCAAAUGAAGAUGCAGGAUUUGAAAUAAACUGUCAAGACUUUAACUUUGACUUUCUAACAACAUCAGCACAUAUAACAUGUGUGACAUCAUUGUUGUGUGUGUAACACAAUCUUGUUAAUAUGAUUCUAACAUUUAUAGAUUAGACACUUCAGAUUAGUGCUUUUAUUUCAGUCAAGUACAUGAGUUAAUAUACACAUUUGUGUACUUUAAAAUGAACAGAACAAUUGGACUGAAAAGGUGAGAAUAAACAGUACAUAAAAUAUGUUACAUACAAUAAACAUUUUAUGUGUAGAUAUUCAUAAUUCACUGUUAUACUUAUUCAUAAUAGUGUUUUGUAUAUGUUUUUUGAAAUAAUGAUGGGUUCUAUAGAUGAACUCCUUUAUAUGAUGUACAUAAUUGUUUUACAUGUGUUCAUACCUUUGCUUUUGAGUACACAUAAAUCCCUCUUAGUUCAUAUUUACUGGUUCACAUGUGAAACAUCUUCUGGACCACUUCUGGAAGCAUAUUAUUAUUUACUUUAUACAUCAUUUGAACAGUUGUGUUUUAUACAAUUUUAAAAUGUGUGACUUUAUGAAUCAUUUGUUGGGUCUCUAUAAUCCAUUCUAUUAAUUGUCUUUAUUACUCUCUUUUGUAAUAUGAAUAUUGUUGUGUGAUUGUUUUAUAUGUAUGUCCCCAGACCUUUAUGCAAUAAACAAUGUAUGCUUCAACUGAAGUUGGGUACAAUAAAUGUAGUUAAUAU